GCAGCAGUGAGGCUAUGCAGACAUUGUGGUACCAUACAUACUAUAUAUCAAGCCAGGCCUCAUGGGAAGAGGCUAUCCCAGUCUGCUGCAAUCCAGAGGCCAGUCUCGCGCCCGCCAUGUCCCGGACAGAGCUGCUCCAGAGCCGGCAUCGCGAUCGCCUCCUCACCAACAGCGCAGCCGAGUUCCUUGAGACGCAAGCCGACGUCGCCUUGGGCCCAGAACUCGCGCAGCAACCUCCGGAGUUCGUACCCGAGCUCGACAGAUUCGUACCACCCGACGAGAUCACCAAGCCCGAUUACUACGAGGAGUCCCAGACAAAGCUAUUGCAGUUCAGACAGACGCUAGAGGCCUUCCAAAGGACUCUGACCGACAGACGGCUGGGCGAGCGUUAUGAUGUACAAGUCAAAGAGACUUACACCAUUCAGGAUGUGUUGGCCAUCGCGCAGACCAUCCAAGAGCGCCACGAAGGGGCAGAAGAGGUCCACAGUUGCAUGGGCAAGAUCCGGAAGUUUUUCCGGGCAAGCGGCCGCAACGCCUCCACGUUACAACGUUUCCUCGAGUUUGUCCCUAAUGGCGACUACACUUCAGUGAUAUGCGGUGGCUUCACCGUCAUUCUUGGUGCACUUGAACGACUGGAGACCCUGAGGACCGACAUGUACAAAGCACUCAGUGACAUCCCCAAAAUCAUGAGCAGGAUCCAUCGCCACCUGGCUGUCCACUUUCAGUCAGCACGGCUGAAGCACUGCGCGGAUAUGGUCUGGGUGGCUGUUUUCACCGUGCUUGAGGCCAUCAUUCGAGAGCUCUCGACGAAGAGCAGCAAAAAAGCAUUCAAGGUUUUGAUCAAAGGAGAUGCUCACGCCACGGACGUUACAACGUCUCUGGCGAGCCUCACUGCUGCGGUGAACGAGUUCGAGGCGGAAGCAAACAUCUGUGAUGCCCAACGACUCGGCCAGGUUGACCGUGCCACGCAGGAGACCUGGUCAACAACACGGAGGAUGGAGUCCAACGUCCAACAACUGAGUCAAGGUAGGCAAAUGUGGCUUAGACCUUGCCCACACCCAGACCUCUGCCUCAUAAAAAUGUAUUCCAAAACCCAGCAAGCCUCAUCCACGCAAUGCUGACUCGCACGUGUGCCAGGCAUGAGCUCAUUCAGUGAGA